UAAACACCUGAGCAGCUCUUCGUCAGUCUCCACCAAUUUUAACCUUCAUCAGCCGCAGCUAUGAACUUCCUGCGCCGUCGCCUUUCUGACAGCAGCUUCAUUGCCAACCUGCCCAAUGGCUACAUGACCGAUCUGCAAAGACCUGAUCCUCCACCUCCUCCUCCACCCAGCGCCUCCUCUCAGCAGGCCUCGUCCUCUUCUCCUGGUCCUGCUACUGCCACCGCUCCUCCUCCUGCUGCUCCGUCUGUCUCUCCAGCCCCUGAGCGCCGGGCCCAGGCUGCUCCCUCCGGCUCGGGCUUCUUCAGCUCCAUCACCAAUGUGGUGAAGCAGACGGCAGCCUCAGCGGGACUGGUUGAGCAAAGCGCCGCUCAGUCUUCCAAGAAGUUCAAGGUGCUCCUGGUGAUUGAUGAGCCACAGAACGAAUGGGCAAAACUGUUCCGUGGGAAAAAGGUCCAAGGAGAAUAUGAUAUCCGAGUGGAACAGGCUGAAUUCUCCGAGAUCAACCUUGUUGCACAUGCGAAUGGAACAUGCAGCGUGGACAUGCAGGUUAUUAGGAACGGGACUAAAGUUGUUCGAUCCUUCAAGCCCGACUUUGUACUGGUCCGACAGCAUGCUUUCAGCAUGGCCCAGAAUGAGGACUUUCGUAAUCUGAUCAUCGGCCUGCAAUACGCUGGGAUUCCCAGUGUGAAUUCACUCGAGUCUAUUUACAACCUCUGUGACAAGCCAUGGGCGUUUGCUCAACUGAUAAGCACUUAUAAAAAGCUGGGACCUGAAAAAUUUCCUCUUAUUGAGCAAACUUUCUACCCAAACUACAAAGACAUGAUCUCCAUGCCCACAUUCCCAGUGGUGGUGAAGAUUGGACAUGCCCACUCUGGCAUGGGAAAGGUUAAAGUUGACAAUCACAGCGAUUUCCAAGACAUUGCCAGUGUGGUGGCCAUCACUCAGACCUACACGACUACAGAACCUUUCAUUGAUGCCAAGUAUGACAUCAGAGUCCAGAAGAUAGGCACUGACUACAAAGCUUAUAUGAGAACAUCCAUCUCUGGCAACUGGAAAUCAAACACUGGCUCUGCUAUGCUGGAACAAGUAGCCAUGACAGACAAGUAUAAGAUGUGGGUUGACAUUUGUUCAGAAAUUUUUGGAGGGCUGGAGGUCUGUGCUGUAAAAGCCAUUCACGGAAAGGAUGGAAAAGACUACAUUACUGAGGUGGUGGGCUCAUCCAUGCCACUCAUUGGAGACCACCAAGCAGAAGACAGGCAGAUGAUAGCAGAUGUUGUCCUGGCCAAGAUGAACCAAUCAGCAACUCGGGCACCUAUUCGAACUCAACAGCGGCCUCCAACUGCUGUCCAACAACCACAGAGCUCUGCCUUAAAGGAAGGUCCGGCUGACCACAGCAAGCCUCUGUCCCAGCGUGUUCCUCCUCAAGGAGCCCCAGCGAAACCCAAAGAGUCCCAACCCAAGACUCAAGAGCCUCCGACCGCAUCGGCGUCUAGUGCUCCAGCCCCAGAUCCUGUCACAAAAGCAACUCCUUCCCCUACUCCUCCACCCACAACCCAGCAGCCCAAAGCCCACCCUCAAGCUUCACCCACUCCAGCACCUGGAAAACCAACAGAUUUACCCCCAAAGCCCCAGGUUCCAAAACCACUUCCUCCAAAGCCUGUGCCUCCAGUGCGCAGAAACUCCAAGCCUCAGCUUCAGCCCAAGCCCCAGACCCCACCUUUAGCAAAGGCCCAGCCUAAAGUCCUGCCUGAACCAGCACAGCAGGGUCAAAUCCAGACCGAUUCAGCUCCACCAAAUGUUCAAGCCUCGCCCAAAGUACCUACUAAAAACCAGUCUCCCACUAAACCACAGGUCCAAACUAAACCUGUGCCUAAAGAGCAAGCCCCGGUGGAGGCUCCAGUUCAGAAUGUGGCCCCUUCUGAAUCAACACCUUCGGCCUCUGCACCUUCUGCUGUAGAGGAACAGCCUGCACCACAACAGAAGUCAUCGCAUCCUUUCUUAAAUAAAUCCCAGUCCCUGACCAAUGCCUUCAAUGCCUUUGGUGAUACCUUCCGUUCCAGCAAUGAGGACGAAGCCAAGGCCGAGACCAUUCGAAACCUGCGGAAGUCUUUUGCCAGCUUGUUCUCUGACUAG